AUGUUGGCGCGCUCAAGCAGGCGCAUAUUGGUUCGUGUGUUUUUUUUGACAAUUUCGCUAGGCGUGGCUUUGUUGGACGGCACUGCAGAAGAUUUGGAAAAGAUCGCGCAAAAUCAACGGAAAAUGGCCAUUAAGCGUCGUUACGAAGACCUUCGACGAAUGGGCAUAUCGGAGGCACAGAUUGCCAAAUUACAGGCCAAUGACAGAAACUUUGCAAAUCUGGUCAAUGACGACGAAGAAGAGGUUCCCAUGCUUCAGUUUGGCGAUGCCUCGGUUGCCGCGCCGUUUACCUCGAAAAUCGGGACCCUAGAAUCGGUUUGCCAUGUCCUCAAACAAGGCCGUGCCACGCUUGCGGCCACCUUUCAAAUGUACAAGAUUCUUGCUUUGAAUUCUCUGAUCACAGCAUAUUCCCUUUCUGUUCUACAUAAUGCCGGGGUGCGGCUCGGAGAUUUCCAAUUGACCAUCUCUGGCCUACUUUUGUCGUCCUGCUUCUUUUUUUUAUCCCGAUCAAAGCCUCUGUCUACGUUGAGUAAAGAGAGGCCUGCUUCUACCAUUUUUACCGUAUACUCGAUCACUUCCAUUAUUGGCCAGUUUGCGGUCCACUGCUUUGCUCUGAUCUAUUUGGACCAGUGUAUCCGCAUCUAUAGUCCAGAAAAACCGCUGCUCCAUUCGGAAGACUAUACGUUCACUCCAUCUUUGAUGAAUUCCUCUAUUUAUCUGUUGAGUUUACUAAUGCAAGUGUCAACAUUUGCAAUCAACUAUCAAGGACCGCCCUUUAGAGAAUCAAUGCUCGAUAAUGGCGGGCUCAAAAAAUCGCUUUUCGCCGUCGGUUCUUUUGUUUUGGUUUCGGCCGCCGAAAUCUUUCCCGACAUGAACGAAAUGAUGCAGAUCGUCCCAUUUCCACCUGGAUUUUCGGCCAAAUUGUUAUUUUUAAUGAUCUCCGACUUUUUCAUUUGUUUUGUUAUCGAAGUGACAUCGAAAAGACUCUUUUCUAAGGUUGAGCCAAAAUGGAAGACGACCUCCAAAUAA